CUGAAUGAUGCUAGAAGUAGUUUUUUUUUCCUGGCAGAGCUUUGUAUGUGCUUAUGAGAUAGAUGGACAGAGCAUCAUUUCGUGUUUGGGGGGCUUCUAAAAUAAAUGCCUUCUGCAUGAGAUACCAGGCUAUUAUGUCAAAAAUAUAUCAUUUCUUUAAAAAAAAAUUGAAGUCUAUCUUAGAUGAGAAUACAUUUUGCACAAUAUGGGAUUUUCUAGACUCCUGGAUUUUUAACAAUGCUUGGAUACCAAUCCUGUUUUUAAUUUUCUUGGGUGUUGCUUUUGAGAUAAUCCUUGUAAGAACUUGUGAAUUCUUUAAGAAAAAGCUUGAACUAUGGGAAAAUGGAAGUUCAUGUUCUCAGAAGAAUGAAGAUGUUUUCCCAAAAAGAAUGACUUUUGCUAUAGAGAGCUGGUCGAUUUCCCAGACAUCAUCAGCAGAAAGAGUUGAAACUUUUUCAGGAAGAAUAACAACUAGUUCUCCAUCUGAGGAGAAUGGAGAUAACACUAGCGAAAGAACCUUUUCACCCUACGAAUGUGAAUAUCAAGGAAGUCAUUUUUGUGAAAGUCACUCAUCUUCAGGUGGGACCAGUACAUCUUUGUCAAUGUUUUACUCAGAAGUAAAUAAAAUUUUCAUGAAAUCCUUUCACAGAAAAGAUCCACAAAGUGAAUAUCAAACAAUACAAUUUUCCUCUAAUAAAUUAUUUCCAAUAAUGAAAACCAACAAAACAAAAAACAAAUUUCCUGAUGCUCUUAGUUUUCAAAGCACAUUUAAAUUUACAAGAGAUAAGGAUCUCAAUGUGACACCAUGCCCUCCUGUCCAUUUAUUUCUUUCUAGUGACCAAAUUAGACAUGUGGAAGAAAAUGUAAGAAGGAAAAUCCCUGUGAACCCCAAAGCUAUAUCAGCAAGGGAAGCUGAUUGUCUGCACCCCAGCUAUCAGGAAUCAUUGAUUCAUUACCAACAUUCUAACGAAGUGGUUAUUCCUGCUGAAGCACAAGAUACUUUCUCAGACCAAAGUGCUACGCAGAAUCAAAUGAUUCAUGAAGCACAGUUUACUAACCAAACUCAAUCAUUUAUUUAUAACCAAGAGUCAGUCAGCAGCCAGCCUGAUUUUGUUCAGCCUCUAUAUUUUAUAAGACUGCCGUUUUCUAACAGCUUACAAGACUCCUUCCAGGCCCAACAGAUAGACCAUAAAGAUAAAAGCCAACAUUUCAUCCAUAUCCCAUGUAUUGCUGAAGCAGAAGAUUCAACCAAGGGCAUAGAGUCUGAUGAACAUUUCAGUGAGUCCCAAUAUUCUGUUUAUUUAAAUGACCAAAACAAGAAUAACCAUUUAGUUAAAGGGCAAAAUAGUGUUUUCCAGAAGGCUGAAUUUCUAUCUUUAAGUUCAAAUUCAUUUGUUGAACCUAUGCCACAACAAAAGGUAACACCAGGCCAAGAGCCAGUGGCUUCAUUGAAAUCAAACCAGUUUUAUGCAUACAGUAUAAUAUCUCUUUCACCUACCAUUAAAAGGCAGAAAAACAGGAGAAAAAUACCAGACAAUGAAAGAAAACUCAGUCUUAAAGUUCCAUAUCCAAAAGCAAAGAAAAUCUCUUGUUCACGGGUGUUUCCUAUCAUAGUAUGUCACACUUCAGAAAAUAAGACAGAGUUAAGGUGCAAGAAAAAGAAAAUAGCACAUCAAAGGAAAGUAAUGUCAGAUAGAGCUUUGCAUCUUAUUUCUGUCUCUAAGCUUAUCAACCUCCAUGUUAAAAAGUAUUUCUUUAAAAAUCUAGUAGCAGUCAUACCAGACUUAAUAAAAUGUGGACAUUUUCUGAAGGGGCAAAAUAAGUCACUAGAUACAGAGAAAAUAAAUUAUGCAAGUUCUCCUGAUAGAGUAAGCUCGGGCAUUAUUGAAAACAUAGAACACUCGUUCAUUGUCAACACUCAUGAAAUGGCAGUUCCUUGUUCAUUAUUUGAAACAAACAGAGAGAGUAAAGAGUCUAGUGAGGACUCAGUUCAGCAAUCAUUUGACUUGAACAUUCCAAAGCAUGAUGGGCUUUCAGAAGUGUCAUCAGAAUCUGCACAGAAAGAUGUUUCAUUUCCCCACAUAGAAUCAAACAAAGGAAUGAAAGUACAGAAGGACAUACAAAAUACAGAGAAUGUAGAGGAGUUAACAGUCAGUACACCGAAUGUGCGAAGGUGCUUUUCAAAAGAUGGUGUACAGAAUGCUGAAAAUUCAGUGGAAAUCACUCUGAACUUCCUGGGUACCAAUUUGCUUAUUUCCCUGGGACCUGAAAAGCAUGUGAAAAAUGAAUUAAAAGACAUAAAUGUUCAAGUGAUUACAGGAAGUAAAAAUCUGAAGGAAGAGAAGCCAUUAACAGCUAAUCUUAAAGAAUACAGCAACCCAAAUGAUAGUGAGAAGAUGGAAUGUGGCACUAGAAGCAAUAAAAAAAAUAGACAUCAUGAUGAAAGGAUGUCAGAUACCUCUCAUAAUACCAUGCAGGCUGCCAUUUCUGAACCCUUUGAUAUGGAAAUAUGUAACAAAUUAAAAGCUAAUGCAGGCGUACCAACAAUAAAUUGUAGUCACACUGCACUAAAGCAAGAAAAACCACUAGACAAAAAGAAAAUACAGGAAGUAAAGCAUGCUGAUAAGAGCCCUAUAGUUAGAAAACCACGCGAGGGGGACUGUGAGGAAGAAGAAAAACAUAGAGAGACAGUUCGACUACUGGCAGAAGUCAGCGUAUGUCUGAAGCAAAAGGACAAAUGUGCCCAAUUUGAAAUGGAACAGAUCCAUUUGGGAAAUAGAAAAAAUCAAAGUAAAGAGAAAGAAGAACAGUCACAGACUAUUUCUACACAGACAGUAUGGGAGACUAGUCCACGUCCCUUGACAAAUUCACUACAAGUUGAGGAAGUGAAGCAAAGGACAGACAAACCUAUAGACAGAGAAGAGGCUGCAGGUCCCAUGCACUCACCUUUAAUGCCAGAGAACUUGCCUGUUGGUGAGUAUUUAACUGAAACAACAGAGUGUAGGGUCCCACUUUGUGGAAAUCCCACAAAAACAUUGGAUGGUCAUAUUAUAGAAGACAAAGAAGACUUGAAAAAGGACCUAUGUUCAGUUGCCACAGGACCUUUGAAAGUCAGAAAAAAAUCAUCAGGACCAAAAAAUGUACGAGGUGUCAAGAACAAAAUUAUAAAAGUGAAAAAACCUGAAUUUUCCCUGAGGCUUUCUAUCACUGCACGUGACAUUCUGCACCACAGGAGAAAAGUGGGAAACAGCUUUGAAAACAUCACUAAACAAAUGCUACAUGAUGUAACCUUGGCACCUGGACUUCUGAAUGUUCACCCUCAGAGGUUUAUCAUUCACAAUAAUAAAACAAAUAUCAAGAUAACACCCAAAAAAACCCAAGUUGAAAAGAAAGAAGAGAAUUUAGAUUCCCUCAAUAAAGAAAGUGAAGCUGUUGAUACUCUAGAAGUUCACUUGUGCUAUGGUGUGAAAGCGAUAGAGCAAAUGCUGCCAGAGACGGUGGCUCAUGUUAAGAAGAGCUUCAGAUUUGAUACAUGUCCAGCAAAGGAGAUUAAAAUGGAGAAAGAAAUGUUUCAAGCAAUAUCUUUCACAGAAGCAAUUAGGGAAUCAGUUGACUCACCGAGAAUGGAUUCAUUUUGUGUUGCAAAAACAAAAAAUAGCACAUCUACACAGACAGAGCUCCAAUAUUGUGCAGAAUUAGAAUUGGGUUCUCCAACAACAGGAAAAUUAUGGAUGGGAGAAUCUCUGAGCCAAUCAAGAGAAAGUAAUGUUCCAAAUAGUGGGAAUGAUACAAGGGAAAUCAAUUGUGGUUUUACCCAAAAAACUUUCUCGUGGUCUUUAAAUUACUGUAUGCCUCUUUUGACUCAUUCUAAAAAGAAGAAAGAAAGAACAAGAUUCACAAAUACAAGUACAGUGAGGCUCAAGUAUACGAAUAAGGUGAAACCACCAGCUUCAAAGACCUUCAAUAUCACAGGCAAUAAAAAGAAGUCAAAAUUGGACCUCAAGACCAAAUUAAAAAGAAUAAACCAAAAAAAAGCAUUUUUACGUGAAUGUCAAAACACUCUUUGCUCAUCCAUCCAUAGAAGAUUGCAGGGAGUGUUCUGUCAUGCUCUAUUAAAGCGAAGAGGACUACCAAACAAAAUAUGUGUUGAUUGUGUUGUUGAGAGUAGUUCAUUCUACAAAAGAAAGAAAAAACUUCAAGAAGAGAAACAAAACCCUUUUGUACAGGCAGUUCCACAGCAUGGCCAACACCAGUGGGCUGAUGCAGAUCAAAGGAAGGACACUCUCCCAGAUGAGCCAGACCCAUCACCCAUCUCUUUAAGUCAAGAACAACUUGCUAACAGUCAGAGUAUAAAGUUCCAGAAAGAUUCCCUGCAAAGUGCUCUGGAGACCAACCCACAAAUGGCUCCCAUCCAAGCUAGAGGAUUACAGAAAGCUACCAAAACAGAAAAUGACAUAAACUUCCCUGUGGUUCCUAAAAUUUUAUCCCCUGAAUCAGGGAACUCUUCACCUGGUGAAUUUACAAACAUGACAGAUGACGAUUUAGAAUCUGACAACAACUCUGAACAUGAACUAGAUUUGUAUCCUGCAGAAAAAGAUUCAGAGACAUCAAGUCUGCAGGUGACAUUCCUGCAGUCUUCUGAUUCUGUUACAAGAUCCUUUGUUUCUAAACCUAAAGGGAAGAGAAAAGCACUAAGGUCAAAGAAGCAGAUAACAGUGAGUCAAAAAUGUAGAGCUAUGAGGGAAAUAAAACCAUCAGUUUCACAAACAGGUAACUUCAGGUACAGCAGAAAACUAAAACGACACAAAGAAAUGAAAGACCCACAGCAAACGGAUAACAUAGCAGGUGCCUGUUUGGACAUUGUUCACUACAAGGUAUAUAUUUUGCCCAACAAAAAAAUUAUAAAUUCAAAACCAUGGGCAGAUAAACAGAAAAGAAUAAGAAGACUUGGUCAAAUGCAACGAAUGCAAGAGAAGUCACCAAAUGGAAGAAAUGCACGCUGUCCAGGUUCUGCUGAUUUGAAUAGUUCCUCUAGCAUGAAGAAGUAUAAAGAGGAAGGAGAAGAAGAACUAGAACAUUUCCUGAUCUCAGAAAAUAGCCCUAGCCUUAUAUUUGAUAUGUAUCAAGAAAAAGACCAUGGCCUUGUUAGAUCAGAUAAACAACUGAACCAACUAGGGAGAACAAUUACUCAGGUACAACCACAAACACCUACAGAAGUUAUUUCCUGUUCUACCCUAUGCCCCAUGCCAGAUGAAUUACAAUUAGAAAAGCUGGAGGGCUGUUUCAGUGUUUCCUCUCUAAAGUUCAGGGAAGCCAAGGAGAAUGCAUUAUCUGAAAGAGAAAGUGAUUUAUCUGAUGAAAGGCGAUACAAGGAACAGGCUGCUGACAGUGAAAAGGAGGCAAAGGAAGUAUCAGCCUCAUACACUAAUCAAAACCUUAUCAGGGAAAUAAAAUGUGACUCAACCAAAAUGAAAGGCAUGUAUCAAGAGAAAAAACUUGCAGAUGAAACAUCCUUUUUGACAAAUGUUGCACUAGAUAUUAAUAUGAGCAGCAAGAUAGAAACAGAAAAAGGCACUCCAAGCAAAAAAACACCUUGUUCUAUACAAAGGAAGCCAAAGAUAAUGCUUCAUGAAGGGAGGGUUACUUCAGAUGACAUCAAAGAAAUUGAUCUCCAAGAUAAAGAAGAAAAGAAAAAUGAUAAUGACACAUUAUUAAAGUCAUUCUCACAGUAUAGCCAACAUUUUGUAAUUUGUUCACAUCAAAGCAGGGAUCCUAACUCUCACAAAUUAAGAAAACAAAGAGGGAGGAACACUCUGUUCAUUGUGGAACAGGACAUUCCACAGCAGAGUCAGUCAGCAGAUCUAACACAAAGAGAGCGUGCCAUGUGUACAUCAAGUUCAAAGAUUCCUCCCAUACAAUCAGGAGAAUUACAAAUAGAUAAAGUUAAGACUGAUAGAACAAAAUAUGACAUCCCUGAUAAUGGUACUCUUGCACAGAAACUGAAUAGUUGGAAUAGAUUGGAAAGAGAAGAGCUUCAAAAUGACCUACAAGCAACUAUCACAGAGUCUUUGAAUCUCUCAACCCCUGAUGUACCAAGAUCUAAAAGGAAGAGCAAGGUAUCUACAUGCAAAGCCUUACAAGGGAAAAUGUGUUCAACUGGUAUAACUAUGAAAGGAAGGAAAACAUCUGUUUCAAAGUUAUUGACUAUUCCACAGUGUGGUCAUAGAAACAAUCUACUUCCAAAAACUUUGAAAUCACAGAUUUUUGAAUUAUUAAUACAUUCUGGUGUCUUACCUGAUAGUCUUAAUAUAACAAUAUUGAAAGAUCCAACAGCGGAGGGAAAAAAAGGAUUAUUAACCCAGGAACUGGCAGCAACAAUGUUAGAGUCUUUGGGUUUCUCCAUACCUACAUCAAAAGAAAGAGAGAAUUUAAAACUCAUGGACAAGGGAAAUGAAAUGAGUAAGAACUCUCUGACUGUCAAAACCAGGAAGGCAGCAAUCUCCCAGACACUUAUUACUGCAGAAUGUAGAACACCAGAACAAGGUAAACCCAUGGCAGGUUCAUCCCUACAUGCCAUCUUCUCUCCUAUGCCUGUGUCUCUUAAUACAUGUGAUGGAAUAAAAGAUAGAGAUACAAUGUGGACAAUGAGGUUUAGUCAUGAGUUUCAUGACCAGUCAGUACAUAAAGAGAGAGCUUGGUGUACACACUACAUGGACAAGGAUACUACCUCAAAUGGCACCAAAGAUGUAAAAGGUCAAAGUGGCGAAGAGGGGUUACUGACUUCCCAACACUUCAGUUUCAGUGCUCAGAAUAUGACAGGGCCUAAUUCUGUGCAAUCUGGUUUACAACUGAUUCAUUCAGCAACUUAUCCAGAGUUAGAGAGAGCUCUACAGACAGUCAAUGUGAAUAACCUGCAAAGCAGCAUGGUAGGUGUAAUGUCUCCAUUUUUAAAUACAGAGGAAUCUGAGAUUGGCUCCAUACCAUGUGAUAACACCUGGGAUGAAAACCCUAGGGGAAAAUGUGACUAUCCUAUUUCUGAACAAAAAGCAUGGACACAAAAAGACUUAACAUCUUUGGAACCUUUACAGGAGCCCAGCCUUGUGUCAUUUGAAUACAAAUGUGAAAGCUGCACAUUAGAGUUUGCAGGCAAAAGAGAUAUGAAUCCCAAGGCAAGGCAAGCUUCAAGGCUGCUUAAUAUUGCAAGGCAUUUUACGAGAGUCCAUAGAAAGAAAAAGCACCAUAAUAGUAAACACUGGUUGAGAAAGGUUGAAUGUGUGGAAAAGGUACUGCUUUAUGCUAUUGAAGAUGCUAAGAGUUGUCCACUCAAAUUCAUAACUGAUAAACUGUCACUUGAUACAGCAGCAAGGGCUGCUUUUUCUAGCAGAAUACCUCAAAGAUCUAUGGCAGAAGAAAAAGCAAAGUUACAAGCAAACUUAGCCACAGCUUUCUUGGGACCUUACAAUUUUCUCAAACCUCUUUUAUCUGACUUUAAAAGCCAGGUAAACACAGCAAAAUUAUCAGAAAAUAAAAUUUUGUUGAAUAAGAGAUUUUCAACUAUGAAGAAAAUGAAGCUAUCAAUUUCAAAGAUAAUUAAAAUAAAUGGAUACUCUAUCACAAACCAUAAGAAGAAAUCUAAAUUAAGAGCCAAAAUGAAGGCAAUAUGGAUUGGUGAAAUCAUAAAUGAUGUACUUCAAAACACCAUUCACUUCAUAUUAACUAACUCUAACAGGAAAGAUACAUUCAAAACAGAGGUAGGUUUGGGAGUAUCAAACUUUACCCAUACACAGCCAACAUACGGGAAGUCACCAGUUGAGGGCACAGCAAAGUAUGAUGAUUCUGUUGACAAAAGUGGUUUCAACUUUUCAAAGAAAGCUAAACUACAUGUUGGGCAAUGCUUGGAAGAGAAGCAAGAACUGCUAAUAGAAUCAGGUCCAUUUUAUACAAAAAACUUAGCAGUAAAUGCACAUUUCAUAAAGAAACCCAGUCUUGAGGAGUCAGAGAGAAUACUUUUAAGAGAAUAUUUACCCCAAAGAAGUCAAAUUUAUGAGGCUAAUCCAGAAAUUAAUGUAAAAAUAGAAAAUAACAGCAUGCACGUAAGCCUCAAAGAUGCACUCUCAAAUAUGGAUAAACCGCACAAUUGUCCAGAAGUCAGUGAACCAACCAGUAAUACUACCAAACAUGGAGUAAAGAAAACUGGCAAGUCCUUUUUAAAAGAAAAGUCUUCAUUUUAUUUGACAGGAAUUAUCACUUCUAUUGCCAGGCAUUUAGUUGCUUCCAAAGAAUUUAAAAAGCAAAUUGGUAACAUGAGAGUACCUGACCUGCCAGCUCAUAAAGGUAUACCUUCACAGAUGAAGGAAUCAACAGAUUUACUUUCACCCCAUGAUGGAGACCAUGCUGCUGUAAACAUAAAUGAGACACAGGAUCUGAGAACCUUAGAGAUAAAAGUAGAUAAUGGUGAGAUAAACAUAGAUACGAAAUCCGUCUAUAUGUGUACACCAAUUCAACAUAUAAAAACGGAGUCAUCACAUAGCAUAUGGGAUAUGUAUGAGGAAUCUGCAAAAAGAAAUUACCUGGACAAACCAAAAGUGAAGAGGAAAGAAGAAUGUGGACAGCUGCCAUUUGGAACAGAUCAAAAGAGACAACCUGAUCCUCUCACAUCAGAAGUACUUUCCACUAACACAGUACACUGCAAAGAUAGCACGCUUCAGAAAACAGCUAUUUAUCAAGAAGGAAAUGCAAAAGUUGGAGAAGAGUUUGGCCAAGAGGUUAUUCUUUCCUCUAAAACACAUACUCUUCAAAUUGAAAGGCAGAACAAUGAAUUUAAAAUAGGUUGGAAAGCAAAGUCUAAGUCUUUUGCCCUGCAAAAGAAACAGGAAAAGCCUAGUAUCUUAGGACCUACAUGGAGUUCUUAUGCCUGUGACACUACCUAUCCUGAAACUAUAAGACAGAAAGGUAAGGCAAAAACAUCAAAUGUGAAAAGUUCUGUGUGUGCCAAACAAAUAAAGCUGAAGGCAAAGAAAAUACCGGUUCCUCUAUUUCUUGGACAUGGGGACAGAAGCAAUAAAAAAGAACUGAGACAUAGCAUGCAGCACCAGAGCACAUUAGAACUGAGGAGAAAUGUACAAAACCUGAUUCUAAAAGAUAAUUUUGACUUGGGAUGCUUUAUAUCCCCAGUUAAAAAGCUUACCAGCAUAAAGCUGGAGAAAGGCAAGUUGGAAGAGAGAAAAAACAUUCUGAAGAAACCAUCCAGCCAAAGGCAAAUGUCAUGGUCAGGAUGUGUUGAUGUAUCUAGGAAACUAGAAGAAAAUAUUAAAGAGGUGCAUGAUCACUGCACUUUCAAGGACAUUCACCAGCAAUUUAUACAACAAUUUGGGGUUAAGUCAGAAGACAUUAAAGAGCAUCACUCUUACAAAUUAGAAAACUUACAAAGAAAGAUGAAUUCUGAGUUAACUUCACAGAAAGAUGAAACUGAUAACUUUGAGCUAGCUACCUUAAGAAGUAGAGGAGGAACAAAAGUCUAUACAGACCCACAAGACAGCCUGCAACAGGAAUAUCCCCUGAAGCAAGGGAUGUGGAGACCAGGAAUGAUUCUUCAGCCUAUGAAAGGAUUUCCUCACUUUGGAAUGACAAAUGAAUUCAUAACAAAACAAGACAUCAAACCAUCAAGUCCACAGAGGAUAGGAGGACUGAAAGUAAUGGAUAACUCAUUAGAUCCAAAGGAAUCAUUGCUUGUUCCCAGGCUUACCGUACAGAAACAAAAUCCUUUUACAGAUCCUCUUCUGGAAUCCAUUCCCUCUCAUGUACCACACCAACUUCAUACUGAAGAGCUAAAGGAAAACAUGAAAAUAAGUGGCAAAACCUUAAAGACUUCAACUCAACAGCCAAAGAAAGUCUCAAAUGCAGAAUAUAUUUCAGAUAUGGAUCACAUUCCAAGAAGUAUUGAAAAACUACUCUUGCUUAUUAAAGAGCAGGAAAAGAGGAGAAAAAAGAGUAGAGGGGGUAAAAAAAUUGAAAUAGUGGAAGACAUAAAAACAGCAACAAAGAAUACCAUUCCAUUUCUAAAUUAUUCACCAUCUGGAACACAGUUUGUCAACACAAUAAAGAACAGUGGUGUGUUCAGUCAAAGAGAGGAGACAGAGCCAAACAGGAGUGUGGCCACAUUGUGGAGACAGCAAAGGUUGUGUGUACAAGAGAUCAGCCUAGACUAUGUUUAUACAGAUGAGCUUACUUCUAAAGUUAUAUGUCAAAACAGAAGAACAGCUUUCAUGGAAAGCAUCAUGUAUCACAAAAGGAUAAAAAUGAAGGUGAGGAAGACAACUUCUGGGAAGCAGCUCAACAUUACAGGGUAUAGAGCCCAUAGCUACAGAAAGGAACUAAGACACAGCAUUAAGACACAGAAGGAGCUGCCCCAAGGAAAAACUGUGGCAGAUUUGCUUUGGAAAGGUUUUUGUGCUUCUGGCUAUAUUGCAUCUCAAAUUAAAAAGCUUAUUGAAAUAAAAGAGGAGAAAGGAGAACCACAAAGGCCAUAUAUUCUUCCACAGCUGAAGCUGAAGGAAACAUUGAAUGAAACUAAAAUGUUAUCUGUGCAGCCCAUUGAUAACAGUUCAAUAUCAAGCACUAUCAGAAAAUCAACACAAUAUACCAUAAAGCAAAAAGAACACCAAAUGGUUUUACUAGCUAUUACCCCACAAAAUAAAGAUCAAUUAAUGACUGGUCAACAGGUGGAGGAGCCUAGACAUAUCAACUUCAAUGCCCAUUUGGAAAAAGAAGCAUACCAUGUCAUGUUUCCAGAGACUGGAAAAACCAAUUACAGUAGGCUUGAGGCUCAAAGACCCAGAUCAGGCACAGAAUUUGAAUUCUCAACCGCACAAAGAGUAAAGCAAGGAGCUAUGAAAGACUCCAGCAAGCAUGCACUUUUAGUUCCACCCAGAAGAGGAAGACCUAAGAGGAUAAACAUUUCAAGUUCCAGAGGACAUGACAUAUCUCCCAUGGAGCUGGAUACUUUCCAGACAAAGACAGGUAAUGUGCAAGAACUGCUUAAACAAGAAAACACUUCAAGGGUAGGCUUGGAGCCUGUUGCCUGCCCAGUUAGGGAGUCCUUUCACUUGGAAAACACAAAGGUAACUAAGGAAGUGGGUAUGUAUCAUAACAUAAAAAAUAUUUCCAAUCUAUUUGGAUUAAGAAAAACUGACACAGAACUAGGUUUCAAAGCACAGGCAUUUCUCUGCACAGAUCUAGAGAAUCUACACAAAACAGGUACCGCUCAGAAAGGCCAUGCAAAGUCGGGUCACAGGCCUCGAAUCAUUCUGAAUUCUCUACCUUGCCACAAGAGGGCUCCUCUUCACUUAAAACCAAGCUUGAGUACAGCAAGGAAGGACCAUGGUGACAGUGCCAUAGUUGCCAAAAUGAAUCCCAAGGGAAAAGAAAAAGCCAAAUCAGCCGACAGUCCAUUAAAAUUAAACAGACAGAAAGUGAACAUUUCAAAAAACUUGAGAGCAAAACAACUUAUUAUUUUUACCCAGACCAAAGAAAAACUUUUGGAAAUUCUUUUAUCUUGUAUAUUAUAUCUUCAGGCCAAAAAUACACAGAAACAAAUCUCAGCAAAAGCAUCACUAAAUUCAAAUAUUUUUAACCCAAUGGUAGAAAAAGGAUCAAGUGAAUUUAAGAUUCUAGAAGAUCAAUCUCCAAGUUCAGAAAGAGUUAACUUGCACACUAAAGGAGGAACAGAUCAUCAAGAGAGUAUGUGUGAGGCUCUUCCAAUGUCUAAUAUUCACUGUUUGAUGAAUAUACAUCAAAUUACAACACCACAGAUAAAGAAAGCAUUAAAAUCCAUAGCUAAUCUGGACUAUCAUGCUUUAAAUAUAGAAAAGGGAGAACAGAACAACAUGAUAAAAGAACAAAACCAGUACCACCUGUCAUUUUCCCUCGAGAAUUUGGAGGAACAUAUAUCAUGCUCCCAAAAUUAUUCUCAUGUCCAGCAAUAUUUAGCGUUUCACACAAAGGAAGCAUUGUCAAAAGUAGGCAAUGUGUCAAAUAGGACAAAGGGACUAGAUUUAUCAUCUAAAGAUCAACUAAGUACUGUGUGUGAGUGUAGACCAGAGUGGAUUUUCCCCUCAGUUAUUCUAGAGCAAACAAAAGAAGAAGAUACAGUGCUGCCUUUGGAAUCAGGAACUAUAAAAUGUUCAAGCCUUUUGUCAUCUGAAAGAAAGCAGUUAUCUGAUGGAGUACAGAUAAGUAAGUCAGUGUCAAAUGAUAGCUCAACCACACCAAGACGCAGCAAAAAUGAACUGUCUGAUAGAGCAAGUGAAAAGAAGCAAGAAGUGAGUCUGCCUAAGCUGUUCUUACACUGCUUUUCACUAUGCAUGCAGUUUUUGCAUGAACAUGAAAAACAGAAGAGUAACACAGAAUACCAAGUUAUGAAAGACAUAAUAUGCCCUGAAAGGAAAGCCCUAAACUUGAAGACAUUAGUACUUCCACAUAUUAGUUCCACUGAAUAUACCAUAAGCAAUAAAGUAGAACUACAGUGUUACAAAAAAGAGAAAAUGGUAUGCAUAAAACAUGGAGAGGAUAAACCAGGUUCAGUUGUAAUAAAAGCAUGUGAACCCAUCCCUCUACCUCACUUCAAACUGGAUAAAGAGAACAUUGAUGUGCUUAUCUCAAGUAAUGUAAGACAAGAAAAACAUAAAUCACAGGAAGAGAAGAAUGGCAUAAAAGGGGUGGAGAUGAAAGGAAUAACAGACUCUAAUAUUACCUUAAAGACAGAGAACUCAUCACUGUCUUAUCCUUCCAGUAGAAAGAAAUUAACUUUACUGUUUGACACUACAGAACAACAGGGUAAGGUACAAGAAGGGCUGAGUAAAUCAGACAUGAAACUGACGAAAUCUUUUAUUUCAUUACCACCUCUAUUGCAUCCUAAUUUGAAUUCAAAAAUAAAAGUAGGAAAAGAUAAAUCAAGACUACUAGAGAGCUGCCUCCCACCUCUAAAGCCCCUGCUGUCAUUGAAAGGCAGAAAAGUGCCAUUUUCAAAGACAUUUAGUACAGAUAAUUUAUGCAAGUUAAUAGAAUUAAAGUAUCUUCCACAGAAGAAAGAAUAUAGGAAUAGUAUACCAGAUUUGAAAGAUAUAAUAGGCCUCAUAUGUAUUGCUCAAAAGAGAAAGAAGUUACCUUUUAAGUGCUUACUACGUCGAAAGGAACAAUGGUGGAAUAAUAAAACACAAAAAAUUAUCCAGAGCAAUAAAAAUAAUCUAGAUGUGGUUCAGAAUAAACUUUGGGAUUCUGUUCCUUCUUCACCUUAUCUGAAAUGGGAUCCUGAAAUAAUGGAGGCAUACUUACAAGGAAUAAUGAAGUUCUGCCUUGGAUCACCAGCACUGUCAGAAUUAUCGUCUACAGUGGGACAGUAUCAGGAGCCAACUGACAGUAUUUCAAGCAGUACUGAAAAAGCGAAGCACAUACCAUUGAAACACAGAUUGCAAAUAGCUCCCAAGGAAGGGAGGCAUUUCAGGGGACCCCCUCUGAGACAAGAACUGUUUUCUGCAUCACAGGAGUUACAAUUUAAUGUUGAAGAAAAGGCAAAAAAGAUGCAGGAAGAGAAACAAAUUAAGAAUUGGAACAAACCUUCCAUAUAUUCUCUUCCUUACUCUGAAGCGGUCACAAGGAUAAAUGGAGAGGAAGCUGUGCAAAUAAGAACCCGAUUUUCUACUCAUCACCCAAAGCUCCAAAGACCAUCAGAUAUAGAAGAAAUCAUUUAUGCAAAGUCUAACUUUAAACCUUCCUUGAACAGUGUAAAACAUGCCACUAAAUAUGCAUUCCAGAAAGAAGAGAGUACAAAAACAAAAAAAACUAUGCAGUUGAAAGAAAAACCACCAGUUUCACAGACAAUUCAGUUAGUCAUUACAGAACCAGGGCAAGAGAUACAAAAAAUUAAAGAUGAACUAAAUGUGGUUGAAACCAGUACCAGCACAUGGAUGCCUUCUCCUUGUUUAAAAUCAGAUACAAGGAUAGAAAAGGCAGAUGGUAAAACUGAAGCAACACUACACUCUCUUCCAGAACUGCCACUCCAGAAAUCAUCAGCUACACUGAGUGAAGUAAGUAAAGAGUGGGCCAAAGGUCAUAGCACUACUGACACAAAGAGAGGAGAAGACCAUAUGCCACAGAAAACAGAGCAUAAAGUUAAAAUAUUUGGUGAGAAAGUCACAAUGCAUACAAAAGAUAAGGACUGCAAAGGAAAUAAAACAUUCUCCCAGGAUUUACUAUCAAGUCCUAAAGAGCAAGGGAAAGAUCCACAAAAUGAAGAACAAGAAAGAGUGGAUGGAAAGGACAAAAAACAACAGAAUUGUAAUAAUGAUGGCAAAGACCAAAAGAAAAUGUAUCUAAACUACACAAAACCAGGGAAAUGCAGUCAAGAUGAUAAAGAGCAAAAGAAAAUGGAUCUAAAGGGUAAAGAGCAGGGAGAAGCAGGUGGAGAUGGUCAAGAACAAGAGGAAGGUUGUCCAGAAGAUGGAGAGCAAGAGACAUGGAAUCAUAAAUGUGACACUCAAGGGAAAGUGAACCCCAACAGUAUAGAGCCAAGGAAAGCAGACCAAGAAGGGAAAAGCAAAGAGAAAGUAGCUCCCGAGUAUCUUCCUUCUAAGUCUUCUCAUAAACUAGACAUUGGAACAGCAGGAGAAGACAUGCAAGGAACCAUAAAAUCAGCUAACUCACAACUACAGCACCAGAAAUUGCUUGAAACAGGAAAAACUGAACAUACGGAGUCAACUGAGGAUGAUGGUAAGUCAAACAUAAAAAUUGGGAAACAAUGUGAAUCACAGACAUGGAUGGAUAGAGGGAAAAAUGUGCAUACGAAAGAUGUAAUGUACCCCAAAGACAAAAGUUCCAAUAAAAAUCGGUUACCACUUUCACAUGUACCCAGUACCACUGGGCAUUAUGGCCCAGACACAACAUACGAAGAGACAAACGUAAAUGAAAACUUGGAACAUGUGCAGGAGAGAAAAUGCAAACUAGGGACUUGGGCAUCUUUCCCUCACAGUAAGUUAGAUAUAGAAAUGAAAGCCGAGGAAGAAACAUGGACAGAAACAAGAUCCUUUUCUCUACACUCACAAAGCAUGGAAUCUUCAGAUGCAGAAAAAUUAAAUUAUAUAGCAUCUUCUUUGAAUGAUAUAAGUGAUUCAAAAAGAUCAAGAUACAUGUCAUAUAAAGAAGAGAAUAGAGUGAAUACUUUUGAGAGAAGCAUGAUGCAUCCCAAGACCAAACAUGUGAACAUAAAUAAAUCACCCCUUUCAUAUGUACCCAAAAUAAAGAGACUUAAAGUGAAUCUUGAAAAGCAAAUUAAAAAGAAGCAAGAAAGCAGAAAGGAAAAAGUCAUGCUCCCAAGAGAAACUCAUUCUGUCAUCACUUCUUCAGAUGCCUCUAAAUUAGACCAAGCAGAGGAAGUUGAAACAGAUGUAAUGCAAAGCCAUGUGCCAUACCCUAUGCCACAAGAAUCACUGCCUGUCAGGCAAGUAGCAUCUACAAAAGCCAUUGCUAGCCAUGCAAGGAAAAGAAAACUGCAUCUACCAUGGGAAGAAGAAGUACAAACCUCAGCCAUUGAUGACUUGACACACCCCAAUGACCCAAUUUUCAAGACAGAGAAAACUGCACCCUAUCUUGUGUCCAGUGUCAAUGAACACAGUACCCUGAGUAAGAAAAAGACUCAUGGGUGGAGUAGUAAUAAAAAAACAGGACAGAAACAGGAAAGAGCAAGACACCCUAAUGUGGUUGUAACAAAAAGUGGUGCUUCUGUAUCAUUGCCUGUAGGGCAAGUAGCACCUGCAAAGCAAAUUGCUGAAUGUGCAAAAAAGAGGAAACAAUAUCAAGCACAGGAAGAAGUCAAAACCUCAGCCAUAGAUGGUUUGACACACUCCAGUGGCCUAGUUUUAAAGGUAUCUGCACCUCCUCAUGUGUUAAGUGUCAGUGAGAACAGUAUUCCCAGGAAGAGGAAGACUCCCUGGAGGAGCAGCAAAGAAAAGAUAGGACAGAAACAGGAAAAAAACAGAGAGUCUAAUGUUUUUGCAACAAAGAAUGAUACUUCUGUUCCUCAUCAUGGAUUGUCUCCUCUACAGGAUGAGUUUCUUAUGACAUCAUGUACAGGUGAACUCGCAAGUGCAGGUUCAAAUGAAGGCAUUACCCUACCUAAUGUGAUAAUUAAAGCCAAUCAACAAGAGUUAUACACUGAGGCAAAGGUCAGCAUAAGAGAUAAAGACACCAAAGAUACAAUAACUUUGAGAGAAAGAAUAUCCCCACCUGCACAUUUGAAUGACAGAACGCCACCUGUUAAUAGUAAAGAGCAAAGGAAAGAAGCUGAGCAAAGCAAAAGUGAACUAAUGAUGGUGGUUCCAAAGGGAACUGCUUACUUGCCUUCUCCAUCUUUCCUGAAGUCAGACACUAGAGUGGGUGAAGAGGAAGAUGUACUAGGAGAAACACAAAUUUCUUUUCUACCACCAAAGAUCCAAGAUGUAUCAGAUUCGGAGAAAAGAGCAUGCAUGGAGUCAACAGGUUAUGUGUUAAACAACAGAAAAGAACCAACACAGGAAGAAAAAAAGAAAAGACUCAGAAAAGACGUGACAGACAAAAAGAUCCCCAAAUCAAUGGAUAAAAAGGGAAAGAAAUUACCACGAUCACAUACACUCAAUAUCAAGGAGUUUCAGAGGAAAAUUCAGGAAGAAAAACUUGUAAAUACAAUUGUAAAAUUUUCCAUCUCACAAUUGCAACUCGAGAAAUUUUCAGGUGCACAGAUGUCUGAUAGGGAAGUUUACAAUGAGAUAAAAUUACUGAAAGAACAUGUACCAGGGAAAGAAAAGCAUAUGGGUGUCAACAGUGUAAUGCAUGCCAAGGAUAUAUAUUUGAAGACAAAGAAAUCACCUGCUUUACCUAUGCAGAAUUUGAGUGACCUUCAGUGGAAAACCAGAGAGCAAGGGGGAAAGGUUGAAGAAGAUGGAAGUAAGCCAGGAGUAACAUUAACUAAGAAAUUGACUAAGACAUCCACUGCAAUGUCUCACCAACCUAUCCUUACUACGAAUACUGGAAUCAAGGAAGAAUGUACACCGAUGUUAACAAGAUCCUCUGUUUCCAUGGGAUACUUGCAGAAAUCGUCAAAUUCUGAAGGAGGCAUUUACAUACAGCAAAUUACUGGAGAUAUUUCAAUCAGUCUACAAAAUGAAAAACAACAUAUGUCAGAGGGAAUGGAAGAAGCUGGAAUGCAAAUUGCAAAGAUCGUAACAACUCACAACUAUCAAGAAACAAAGGUGCAGGGACUUGAAGAUGAACAAGGCUUAGUUCUGACUAAAGCCUUUCCUUUGUUACCAGAUCUGACUCAUCCAAAAUUGCAUGAGAAAAUAGAAUUCAAUGACACAAAACUUAGAAAUUCUACUUUGCAGAGACUACCAACUAAAGGAGAAACAGUACCUAGAGAGGCCAUUGUUGGUGAUACCAUGAAAGAUGUUAAAAAAGAACAUAUACCUCAGAGAGAAGAGACAUAUAGAAAAGAAAUAAUAGACAGGCGAGUCACAGAUAUAACUUUGAAAUCACAGAAAUCACUUCUGUCCCAGAAGCUCCACAGAACAGAACUACAGAUGCAUAUUAAUGCAUCCAAAUCAAAGGGACAAAACAAUGAAAGUGAACCUCGAGUCUUAAGGAAAAUCUAUACUUCUAAACCCUCUCCAACCGUUAUCUUGUGUAAAGGUGUGAAAGUAGAUGAAGAACACCUAGAAAGUAAACUAUCUUCACUCCAACAAAUGUUUCCAGCAUUAUCAGACACAGAGGAAAUGGCAGACAAAGAGGCCAUGUGUGAUCAUGUCAGAAAAGAAAAACAAUAUACAAAACAGAUAGAAAAAACAGUAGACUUGACAACUGGGGUACACUGCAAAAGGACAAAGGUCUUACCAAUUUCACAUCUCCUUAAUACAAAAGAAUUUGUCCUGAAUAUGAGGGUUCUGGAGAAAAAAGUACACAAAGAUAAAAGUGAGCUGGCUGUGGUUGCAACACGGUCUUUCCUGUCCAUGCCAUUACUGCCGUGUAGGUAUUCACAGGACAAAACACAGAGAGGCACAGCAAGAGUUACAGCACACUCUUACCCACAGGGAAAUUUCCAAGAACCAGCAGAUGCCCAGAAAACAGCAACCAGAGAGUCAGCUGAGGCAACAGAACAUAAUAUGCUACAGAAACAAGCCAGGCCACAGAAGUCUGUGACCAGUGCCCAUCCAAUAGAUGAGCAUCCACAAGUUGAAUCAGAGUGUGAGUCAGUCUCCCCAGAUCAUAAAAUUGAUCUCACAAGAUUAGGUACCAUUAAAAGGGAAAAAAUGCUGGACAUGUUCUUCAAAGGGCAAAAGGGUCAGCCAGAAAAGUGUGAAAAAAAAUCAACUGAAAUUGGAAAUUGGAAGAAGGAAAAUGAAAUCAAAGAUAAUUUAAGACACAAAACAAGUUCUAAGUUUCCAGUUUCUCCACUAAAGAAAUCACUCAGGGAAGCACUGAUUACAAAUAACACCCUUCUAGCAAAAGGAUCUGAAACAGAGAGAGAACAGGAAACUGGUUCAGGUAAAUCUGAUAAGCCAAAGAAAGAUAGACAGAGUAAUGCCACCAUAAACAACAUGUUAACUCCAGAAAAGACAUCACUUGAAAAACCAAGGAUUGCCCAUUUGAAUGAGUCUCAAAAUAAGGAAGACCAAAAUGUUAACAUGAAAAAGCAAACCACACUUCAGUCCAAGAGUGGACAACAGAUAAAGCCAAAGUCUUUUCCUCUUCUCAAUGUUCCAGUUCACAGCAAAAGUCAGAGGAUGCCUUCACAAACAGAUGUGGAUGAGAAAACUUCAGUGACAGUCAGCCCACAAAUACAGUUAGGGGUACACAUGAGCACUGCAGAGGUUAAUGCCACAAGAAGUAAAGAAGAUCCACCAUCAAUUGUUCUGGAACAAGAACAGUGUGAUCUGGCGUUGCCUCACAAGUCCCAUGAUUCUCUACUGAAAUCUGAACACCUGGAAGAAAGGGAUGAAAUGAACAUAAUCUCUGAUGUAAAUCUGAAGCAAAAAAACCUAGAAAUUGACGGCAACUGUACUGUGAGUCAGAGAGAAGGAAAGUUAAAAACAGAUAGAAGCAGAGGCAUAGACCUAGAAGAGGUCAAUAGAGAAAGGCAAAAGACCUGUAGUGUCAAUCUGGAGAAUAAAGCCAGGGAGAAUACCAGCAGCACUACAAACUAUGCUCUUCCUCUAGGAACAGAGGAAUCUGAGGUCAAGACUGGUGUAGUCACUUCCAGAGAGAACAACUACCCAUCCCAGAAAAAGCUUAAGAAGGAACUAGAGUUGUCAACUGCAAAGCAAAACCUUCAAGGACUACAAUUGCUUCAAACAAACUUUCUUAACUCGUUGUGUCCCUCUAUUCCUGUUUGUCCUAAGAGCCAAAAAAGCAGAUUCACAGUAACAAAUCUGAAAAGAGAAAUGAAACCCAAAUAUUUAACUCUGAGAAUCCCAAAGCACCCAAUUUCAAAGAUACUUGGUAUCGUAGGAUGUGGUAGUCCAAGCAGUAGGAGGAAAUUAGAAUAUGCCUUCAAUAAACCAAAAACCAUGAUUCCAAGUAGUAAAGAUGUUUCAGGGAUCAUUAUCAGAAGUCUUUGUGUUUCCAUGGUAAGUCCACCUCACACUGAAGGAACAGUAGAAUCCACAACAAAUCCAAGAAGGGAAAAGAGAGUCUGUCAUACUAAAUUCCAGGAGAAAUUACCAGAUGCUAGAGACAUUAAGGACAUCUUGACAAUUGUAAAAGGGUUGAAUUUUACAAUCCCAUUGCUGCAGGAUUCUCAGCCCUUUGUGGUCAGUGAUCAAGAAACAUGGAAACUUCCUGAUGUGGAGCCAGAAGUAAACCUUGAAUGUGAAAUGGAAAAGAAUUUGUGUCUACGAACAAGAGAAGAGGUUGUUGCAGGGAGUGAGGACUUAAAUAUUACACAUAAACCUGACAUGAAUAUCACUGAGCAAGAGGAAAUACUAAAAGACACCAUAACACCCCAAGAAUGCCCAUUUGAAGAUAUAAAGGACACUAUAGAAACUCAUUCGAGAAGAAUCCUGAAUAUAAACGUUCCACCACCAGGGAUACACCCAAUACCUGGGACCCCACUAUUUGAUAAGAUGAGCAAAUGUUUCUUGCUUUCCAAGCAAGGGGAAGCUGCUCCAGGAACUGUGCCCACAGCUCUUCAAGAUAAAAACAACAAAAACAAAACACUUGUAGAAUGCUUGUUUCCCGUUUAUGAAACACUUAAAAGUAUCUUUGAAGCCCCUCUUGAAAAUAAGAUCCAAAAUCAAGUUCUUCCUGACAAACUGGGGGAAGUAGGAGCCUACAAGCCUGAUGAUGCAAAGGCAUCUCCUUUGCCAGAUAGUCCAGACACAUCAUCAAAAGUACCUACCACAUUGCUUCGCAGACCUCUUUUAAAACAGUUUACUCCUGAAUUAAAAAAUAAGCUAAGUAUGCAUUUAGUUUCUAAAGCAACUGAGAUAAAACUGAAUCAGUUACCAGAGAUGGUGAACAUAUCCCUACAGAAGUGUAACUCUCACCCCCAAAGGGCUACUUCAGAAGAUUACAAAUGCAGGCUUUAUCUAAAACACAAAAAAGUGAAUUUUAGGUCUCCAAAAGCUGGUACUAUAAAAGCUAACUUAAAAAACAAUUACCGAAGAGUUUUUCCUCCUCUCAGCUGUGUAAAGGCACCAAUAAUGAAUGUUUCAAGUAGCAGCAAGGUCAUAACAGAAGCAAAGGGCAUCAAAAAGCAAGAAAGUGUAACAUCACUAGAAACUCGGAGUAAUCUCCCAUUGAGUAACAUUCUUCACAAGUUCUCAGAGAAAGAAAACGACGACCUUCUUGUGCACUUUCAUACAAAAACACUAGAGAUACAAACAAUAGGCCUUCCCAGAAUUGUGGUACAAUCUUAUGCAAUGGCCAAUGCCCAGGAUAAAUCAAAAUGCUUAUUUAAGUGUAUCCAUUCCACCACCAACAGACCACAACAAACAAACAGAGUUUUAGUACUUUUCGAUAAAAAAUCUUUCUGUGAAAUUGACCGUAAUUUACAAUACAAAUACCUCUACUCGAUCCCUAGACCUUCUGUCCCUGUGGUCUCUAAGCCAAAGGUACUUCCCAAACAUACUUCAAAGUUAAGUAUGGGUUUAGGCUCAGUAUGUAAAACAGUAGAAGAUAGUGAGAAAAGUAAUACUCUUUCAUUUGACAAAGAUCUUUUACAACAUAUUUCUUUCCAAAAGAAAAAUCCACAAGAAAGCUCAUUACUCACCAGAAAAUUCCAGGAGCCAAACAAGGUACCUGCCUUUUACCCUGGUCUACAAGGCACAGAACAGAAUGACAUGAUAGUUCUUUCGGAUUUAAAAUUACAGAUGACACCAGAAAAGGAUAACCAAUGUCACGUAUGGUUUCAAGAAAUCAAUUCAUACAAGCAUUCUGUUUCAGGAACUCAGCAAAAUAUUGUUGAUUUAGCCGAUUCACAUUCAUCUUUGAUUUCUGAUGGCUGGAACAAUGAUGUCCCCUUAAAUACUGAGACUUCAACUGGCUUGGCAGAAUAUCCAGCUCAUGAAGAAACUGACAGUGAGGAAUGUGUAUUUACAGAAACCAAUUUUUACUUAACUCAAGAUUCACAGAAGUUUCUGGUUGAGGUACCUAAAGGCAUUCCAUUGGCAGAUGUUCACACAGUGGAUGAAGCAACUUUUUUGAAACCAUUUUACUGUGAAGAUCCAAAUGACCAUCAUACUAUAACCCUUAGAAAACACACCUCCCCUGUGGCACAACCUUGCCAUCAGUCUCGAAAUAGUAGGAAACAUAGGUCAGACUCCAAAAUGCAGUCCCCUGACUGGUUGUCUCAUGAUUUGUUCAAUACUGUGGAAAUAGAGUCUACAUCAUCUUCCAUAACACUCAAAAAAGAGAAGCACUGGACCACAACCACAUGGAGCAGAACAAGCUACUCUUUAACCUCCUCAACAACUGAAUCAAAUAUUAAGUUGAAUCUUGCAAAAAAACACAGCAAGUCUCAUAUGUACCCACAAGUCAAAGAAAGAAGGAAGACUAAAUCUGAUUUAUGGAGAAAGUCCAAUAUUGGUCAGAGUUCAAAUUAUAGUCACUCACACAAUGAAGAGAAACACCUAAGGAAGAAGAGACUAUAUCAUUACAAAUCAAAAGAAUCAAAUCCACAAACCAAUCAGAUGCCAGAGUCAAAUGCUCAUUGGCAGAAUAUCAAAUUCUAUUCAGAAAGAAAAGAAAAUCAGCCUUUUUUUUAUGCCUGUAUACCAGCAGAUUCAAUGGAAGUUAUCCCCCAAACCAUACGCUGGGUUAUUCCCCAAAAAAUUUUACAGAAAAGAAACUUCCAAGUUCCUCGAGUGGCAAAUAUUUCAAAAUCUUGGAAUCUAUGUAGUACAUCCAAAAAGCUGUUGGGAUCACUUACAGGGGCCUUUAAUACAGUCCAUUAUGGUUGAUAUCAACUGCAUGUGGAUUCUUCUGAAUUGGAACUCUGUUUGCUACUGUGAUAUUCUAUGAAAAUAAAAUAGUAGAAUGUCAUAUUUCCUUGA